GCGCAGUGCGGCAGCCACUCGCAGCAGACUCGUGACCAGACCACCGGGUCCGAAGUUCGUCUCCGUCCGAAGUGAAAAAGCGUGAAUGAUAUGCGGCAUGUGUUGCUGCCCCGCAGCAGCGGCAGCAACAACAUGAAGCAGCAGCAGCAGCAGCAGCAGCAGCAGCCGAGCAGCGGCAGCUGCGAUUGUUGUUUAGUUCUUAUCCGUGGCUCACAGCGUUUGGUUCGUCGUGCGGGUGCUGCUCCGUAAAUGUAUCUGUGCCAUUCCUGGCGCUUGCCACUCUGCAGGGAUUGCGAUUCUCAAGAUUCUCAAGAUUCUAAAGAUUCCCAAGAUUCUCUGGUGUGUUUUGAAUUUUUUUGGCCCCAGCCAACUUGCAAUUUAUGUGGUUAAUUAGAGGAAAAGCAGGCGGCGGCGGACAAUUUGUGCGUGACUCUCGACUGCCGUAAGUGCUGCGCAUCCUUCACGUUUCGUGUGCCGCGCCCCCACCGCCCACCAGAAAUAAACACCAGCAACAACAGAAAAAAAAGAAUUAACACAACGUGCCGGAUGAAUAAUAAUACACUCAAGUUAUCAAAACACUUGAGGAGAACUGGGAAAGGCGAAGUCCGAAAAUCUGCAGUGCAAAAAAAGCGAAAGGGAAUUGAAAUUGAAAUUGAAAUUUAGGGCAAAAGCGGAUUACGAGCAGCGAUAACAGCCGAAAGCGAGAAAUGAAAAUGAAAAUGAAUCUCCAAGUGCGGGAAAACAAACAGCAAAACUGAGCAGUGAGUUGCGGAAAAUUCGAAAAGUGCGUAGACCAGAUAGAAAGACCCCACGUAAAUCAUUAAAUCAUAUGGAAAUGUGAACGCGUCACGCUGCCUCAUUAACGAUUUCCCAUUUCCCAACCAACGCACUUCAGUUGCGUGCGGAUCAUCAAUUAAUUCCAGUCAGUUUUCGCACUUUAAGCGCCAAAAAAGCAGCAAUACAAAGGAGUAUCCGCACAAAAAGAGCGCACAAAUUAAUGACACAAUAACGCACUGCGGUUUCAUUUGUAGUGGAUUCCCGGCCAGCAAUCCACCAAAACAAGGAAAGGAAUGUCCAUAAAAGGGCGAAUGAACAUGUAAAAGCACAUUAAGCGAUGCUACGGACUUGAUCUGACUCACACGGACAUGCAUUCGUAAAUGCUCGACGGAAAUGCUCUUUUUAUGGGCCAAGUGUACAUUGGCGCUUCAUUAAAGCCAACGGCGGAAGCGGAAAUAGCCGAGCGGCCAUAACAAGGAGACGCGUGUUUAUUGGCGCCAGGUCAGAAACGCAGGAACCCGAACUGGCAAUUGCAAACUGCAACAUUCUGUACUCCUUGGCCAUACUUGUAUACUCCUGCUUGUUUCUUUGACACUUUGGUCAAAUUGAAGUUUGCCACAUAAAUGACGAGACGUUCUUGCGUUUGGCACAACGCACCGCAAGCACGACAAAAUGACAGCCAUGCAGCUUUUAUUGCCAACAAGCGGAAUGCCAACAAGUACACUGGAAGCCGAAACAACAGCCAUGCAAACGACACAUUGGCCAAGACAAGCCAGCAACGGCGAAAGCAACAAAGGCAACAGCAACUGCAAGUGCAACAUCAACACACAUCGAAAAUCACGGACGAGAUGCACGGACAAUGGGAAAACGAUUUGGGCUGUCGGCUUCACGUUGCUCCUGUUGACUUGCCUGCAGCAACUGAAAUCGGUUUCGGCGGACGAGGAGUCGCAGGAUUUUCAAAAGAACAUACCCGCUCGAUUGGUUUGGGCCGCUUUGGGCAAAACGGUGGAGCUGCCCUGCGAUUUGACGCCGCCCACGUCACAGGAUUCGGUGAAGCUGCUGCUCUGGUUCAAGGACACCACGGGCAUUCCUCUGUACAGCCUGGACUCGCGGGGCGGAAACGUGAAAUUGGCGCCACAUGCGGCCAUAGCUAGCGAUCUGGGGCAACGUCUGUUCUUCAGCAUCGGCGAUAAUCCCAAGGACUCCCGCCUGCAGAUCAACGAUGUCAAGCCGGAGGAUGGGGGCGUCUACCGCUGUCGCGUCGACUUCUUCAACUCCCCGACGCGCAACUUCAGGCACAACCUGACCCUAGUUGUGCCUCCCGAGGAGCCGCGCAUCUUCGAUGCCCAGGGCAAGGAGAUAUCCCAGAUGGCAGGACCCUUCCGAGAGGGCUAUGAGCUCUUCCUCUGCUGCCAAGUGCGAGGCGGACGACCGCCGCCCAAAGUCACCUGGUGGCGCGACGACACCGAGCUAAUCGGCACCAGCCACACAUCCGUGGAGGAGGGCGCCACCGUGAUGGUUAAUCAGCUGCUGAUUGGAACCACCACGCGGGACUUCUACGGCAUUCGCAUCGAGUGCCGGGCGCAGGGCACACGGCUGGUGGAUCCGGUCCGCAAGGAUGUCACCGUGCAGGUUUACUUGAAACCGGUGCGCGUGAAGAUUGCAACUCCCAACGAGCUGCUGACCGCUGGACAACCGAUGCCCAUUCGCUGCGAGUCCUGGGGCUCGUAUCCUGCGGCCAAGAUCACCUGGCUACUCGACGGCGAGCCCAUCCGCAAUGCCGAGGUUACCGUGCACAGCGACAAGGAGGACGGGAAUAUCACCACGAGUAUCCUGACAUUGAAGGUAACAUCGGAGAACGAUAACGCCGAGCUGACGUGUCGGGCCACGAAUCCCUGGUUCUCCGGUGGCGCCAUCGAGGACAAGCGCAUCAUCCGUGUGGCAUAUCCGCCCACGGUAUCGGUGCACUUGGCCAACGAGGAUCCCAGCCGGCUGGUGACGCGGGCCGAGGGCCAGAAUGUCACCUUUAAAUGUCGAGCAGAUGCCAGGCCGCCGGUGACCAGCUACUCCUGGUUCAAGAAUGGCAUGCGAAUGUCGGGCGAGAGCACGGAAAUAAUGCACUUGACGCAAUUGGAGAGGGAAAGUGCGGGGGCGUACGCCUGCGGUGCCACAAAUACGGAGGGCGAGACCCGGAGUUCGAGCCUCACUUUAAAAGUGCAGUUCUCGCCGCGCUGUAAAUCGGGCACCGAACAAACCUCCAUUGGAGCCGUCAGCCUUCACUCGAUCCUGGUCAAAUGCGAGGUGGAUGCCGAUCCGCCGGACUCCGUGCGCUUCAGUUGGACGUACAACAAUACCCGGAACGUGUCGCCGGUGCUCAACUCGAGGAUACAGUCGAACGGACUGGCCAGCACGGUGACGUACCUGCCCCAAACGGACUCCGAGUUAAUAACGCUGGCCUGCUGGGCCAGCAAUGCUGUGGGCCGCCAAACGACGCCCUGUCUGGUGCACAUCCUGCCGGCAAACACCCCGGAGGCACCGAAGGCCUGCGAAUUGCGCAACGACACCGUCCUGGAGGUGGUUUGUGUGGCGGGCAGUGACGGAGGACUCUCGCAGUACUUCAUGCUGGAGGUGGUGGGCGGCGACCCACUCUACUCAGGAGAUCCGGGCGGAUCGGCGGGCCAGGGACGAGGCCAGUUCAGCGAGGCCAUCGGCCUGGGCGACAACGAGAUAUCCACGCUCAACGAUCAGGCGACAUCUGCACCCAUCUUCCGCAUGCAGGAGAACAGUCCACAGUUUCGUUUGAAUAAUUUAGAGCCGGGACGUGAAUAUCAAUUUUUAGUUUACGCCGUCAACGCCAAAGGACGAAGCGAGCCGCCGGUGGUGAUUGAGAAUGUACGCGUGGCCGCCCAACUGGGACCAUAUGAUGAAUCCAUUCUGUCCGAGGACCCAACGCCCGCAGAAACAACGCAUCAUGGGGGCGGCGGUGUGGGCGGCAGCGGAAGCUCCAGCGGCCUGGGCACCGGCGCCAGCACGGGCAGCGGUCCGGAGAAGCAAUCGACGCUGCUGAUACUCGCCGCCGUCGUGGUGAUAGGCGCCGUCGUGGUGACGUCAAUUAUCGUGGCCGGCAUCGUCGUGGUCUGCCGGCACAGGCCGCGGCCACCUGAGCCGCAGGAGGUGCGCAAGAGCAUGCGGCCGGCCAGGAACGAUGUGCCGAGCAUGUACAUCGAGGAGGACGAGCUGAACGAGCUGGAGGAGGGCGGCGGCCGGGCGGCGGAGAUUAGGGCGCGGGUGGCCCCGCCCAACUCGCACCUGUGCGGUGGCGGCGGCAUGCCGAUGCCCGGCGGCGUGGGGUCAAGUGGCGGGGCCAUUGUGGGCGUGGCCGGACCCCACCACUACAUCUCCGAGAGCUUCAUUCAGUACGCGCAGCCCAGCCUAAACGGCGACGUGCUGCUGCCCCUGCUCGUUACAUCCAGCCAGCCUUGCAGCACUAACUCCACCAUCUCGAGCGUGGUCCUGGCCAUGCCCCAGGCGAAACUAUGUCCUGAUCCUGCGGGCCGACACACUGCCUGGCCGCCCGAAUACCCGGAUCUGAUAUUGCCGCGCGGCGAAUUGGAAUUUACGACCCUGGAUCCAACGCUGAAGUAAUUGUAAAAAGUAAUAAUAAAUAUCCACACACACACACAUAGGCACACACACACACACGCAGACUCGCUCGCGGUGAGGCGUCAUAAUUCACGGGCAUUUCAUUAAACAUAGCUGUAAAUUUUUAGCAUAAAUUUAAAUGCAUUAGCGUAAAGGUAAAUCGUGUUGCGUAACGUUUAAGCGGAAAGGCAAAUAGAUAAGGAUUUACAAAACCAUUUUGUAAUUGUCAGCCAUUAAGUGUCACUGAAACCGCUGAAGGCGGAUGCAAAAUCAAAAUGCAAAAAAUACGAGCAUAAAUAUAGAAACCAGAAGCUGCGCUAUAAAUACGCUACAAACUUGUAACUGAAAUCAAAAGUACGAAACAUGUAAAUACCACCACUCACUUCACAACACACACUCAUUUUGCUGUUGCACCAUCGACUGUACAUAGAGAACGGGCAAACAUUAAUCAAACUGCAUUUAAAUGUUAAAUAUUAAUUGUAAUUAAUGAACAACUAGCCCGUAAGCCAGUAGUAGUAAGCAAGCCGUGUGUAUUGAAAGUGUAAUUAGACUCAUAGAGCCAGCAAAGAGUUAUUGGCCAACGGACUUUGCACCAGGUAUCUGCCUCGGAUGUGUGCAAGUAUCUGGCCACUUAUCCAUUAAUGUCUGCAUAGCCAUAUAGGAUUCAUUAGCUAAAGUUCCAGUCUGUCCCAUCCUGUUGCUGUCCGAUCACUGAAAUAUUGAAAUGUUUCCAUUUAAUAGCAGCUAGCAGCUAUUCUGGGCCCUCGGCCCACCCUUUCCGCCCUGAUCCGGCACUUUCAGUCGCUAUUUAUGGCAAUUCCAUGAAUAUUCUAUUACCCCAGUAAGCCGAACCGACGGCCAAAGAUGAAUAACAGCCGAAAAAACACACAAACAACAGCCCAGUGGGCCGUGCUCGAGUGCAUAAUGAAUAAAUGUCGAGUGAACAGCCAAUUCCCAGGGUCCUCAGCAAUUCCACUCACACAAGACUCCCACAUUCAAACUACAACACAAACUCGAAGUCAAACAAUAAAUGCGAAUUCAGUGUAAAUGUUAUAAAUAACUAAAGUAACCGAGCAAAGUACGACAUAAAAAUAAUAAUAAUAAUAAUAAUAAUAAUAAUACGCCAUACACUUUACACAAUACUCCAAUGUAAUUCGAAUUCUAAUUUCAAAUAUACAAACAUAAAGUGAAAUGGCAGACUAGCAAAAUAUACAGUGCGUAUGCGUAAUAAAAUAA